AUGGCCCGGUCGGACGAAGCGCAGGCUUUCUUCCACGCAGUGUAUUCCGCCGCUCAACAGAUACCGUACGGAAAGGUGACGACGUAUGCACAUAUUGCGUAUCUCGUCGGCACACCGCAGAGACCGAGACAAGUUGGCGUUUGUAUGAAGCAUUUGCCGCAUGACGAGGAGGCAAGAUUCAAUAGCACGAAUGUACCGUGGCAGAGAGUAAUUAAUUCCAAAGGAGCGGUGUCGCCAAGAUCACAGCCUUCAGGUGCUGCAAACCAAGCUCUCGAGUUGCAGAGGGAAGGUGUGGAAGUGGUGAGGAAUGCGAUGGGAGAGUAUACUGUUGAUUUAGAAGUGUAUGGAUGGUUUCCUGAGGAACUGGCAGAGCAAGAGUGA